AACGGCUAGAUUAACUACACAUUAAAUUAUUAUUGAGUGAUGAUAUGUGUUGUAUUUUUCUUCAGUUAGUAACAAGCGGAAUCCACAGAAAGAAAAGGAAAGAGUUUGUGCUACACGGACGAAUUUAAGUAACGGACAAGAUGGAUGUCCAAUGUGGCUAACUAACUUGGGACAGGAUUUUUAAAACUUUAACUUAAUGUUAUAGUUAUUUAUCGUCUAAAUAACAGAUAUUGUAAACCUCGUUGAAAUGAUUGUUUUCACAUAAAUAGUGACGGUACGUACAGAAACUGUGAGGAAGCAAAUUCCGAGACUUUAUAAAAGCAACAUGGCACAAAAUGAAAGUUUCCUUGGUGAUAUAAUAACAACACCUCAUGAAAAAGACGUGGGACGUCAAAAGACGUCAAAAGAUGAAAUGUCUCCAAGUGUCCCCGGACAGACCAAAACCUCCGCCGCCAGAGUUUUAACCCAGGAGGAGCUGGAAAGACUCGGCGGUGAACGGACUCUGGUGUCCGACUUCAAACUGAUGAAGUUGGAGAAAGAAGCUCAGAAAAACUGGGAUUUGUUUUACAAAAGAAAUACCACGAAUUUCUUCAAGGACAGACACUGGACCACCAGAGAGUUUGAAGAACUCAAGGCCUGUAGAGAGUUUGAGAGCCAAAGGCUGGUGCUGCUGGAGGCCGGCUGUGGAGUAGGAAACUGCAUCUUCCCUCUGCUGGAGGACGACCUCAACAUCUUUGUUUACGCCUGUGACUUCUCACCGCGAGCUGUGGAGUUUGUCAAACAAAACCCUCUGUACUGCCCCGAGCGCUGCUGUGCCUUCCAGUGUGAUUUAACUAAAGAUGAUCUGGUGGAAAAUGUGCCCGAGUGCAGCGUGGAUGUCGUUACUCUCAUCUUUGUCCUGUCGGCCAUCCACCCUGAGAAGAUGAAGCCGGCUUUGCAGAACAUCAGCAGGGUGGUGAAGCCUGGGGGCAUCGUACUUUUCAGGGACUAUGGCCUGUACGACCACGCCAUGCUCCGAUUCAAAGCUGGCAGCAAACUGGGUGAGAACUUCUACGUCCGCCAAGACGGAACCAGGUCCUACUUCUUCUCUAAAGAGUUCCUGGCUGAGCUGUUUGCAGACACGGGCCUCCAAUGUGUUGCGAAUGAUUACGUCCUGAGAGAGACUGUGAACAAAAAGGAGGGGCUUUGUGUCCCCAGAGUGUUCCUGCAGAGCAAAUUCACCAAGCCCAGGCAAUCACAGAGCUCCUGAUGCCACCUGGCCUGUGCCUUUUAACUCAUAUAUUGUGUGGACAAACUAAGUUGUCUGGUUGACACUGAAGGGAAAAACUCUUCUUAUUUUCCUCACAGGACCUAGUACCCUUAACCCUAAAAUGGUUCCCAAAAUGAGGGAGAAUAAUGCCUCAUCCCAUUAAUCACCUGAUGUAUUUUGUUCCUUCACCAACAGAUGAAGACUGUGCUUGCACUGGGACACUUACAGGUGGAAAUAUGCAGAACAUGAAGCUCAGAAUGUUUGUUUUUCAGGGACCAUAGCUGAGUAAAAAGUGAAUUUCAGUGUUCCUUAUAAAGUCUUCAUCAACCUCUCGUGU